CAGUGACCCGUGCAAGUACCCCCAGACCGUUUCAUGCAGGCCCUUCUUCGACCUCUUCGCACGGCGUUUACAUCAACCUACUGUCCGACCAGCAUUCUGAUGACGAAGACAUAGUGUAUAUGGGCACUCAGCACCAGCCUUCUAAUCUUAUCCUUCCAGGAGCGCACGGUAACUCAUCCGACUUUGUUGAUUUAUCCAGUCAUCCAGACCCGCCACACCUCCAUGCUCGUUCCAUGCCAGAUCCCCGACACCGUUUGACAAGACCACAGAACUUCUCUGAGCCAGGGAGUGCAGGAUCCGGACAUAUUCCUCCACCCCAGGCACUGAGGCGGAUUGUCAAUUCACCGCCGCCCCUACCACCCACUCGUCAGGCUGCUUCCAUCCGACAAUCACGCCCUGGUGGUGCGAUUCUUACCUCAAGGUCACGCGCCACUGGCCGCCGUCACUAUGCUUUCCGGUUUCCCACCUACGAUGAGCCAGAGGAUAUGCGUGGUCCAGCAGACAAUGGAGACUGGGGCAAUGGAUGGCUUGGAAUGAUGGCCAACGGUUACAAUGAUGGCUUUGGCGCACUGUACCACGGAAUUCACGCUUUCUUUGAUAACAUCAGAUGGGUGGGGCCUGUCGGUGGUGCUGAGGCUGCCGAAGUACCAAAGUUUGAGGAGAGGUUCAUUCAUAACGGGCGAUUACCGCGCAAGGGCUUUACGUAUGACUUUGAUCGCUUUGGGCCGGACGCAUCGUCGUCUAGCAGCCGUUCACGUUCUCCUGCUGUAGCUGAUUCCGUUUUAGACCCUGAUGGAAAAAAGCUCAAGCGUAGAGCCAUCUCCAAGCCAGAACCUGCGGUGAUUGACCUUGAUGCGCUCCCUGAUUCAGAGGAAUCUGGUUCCUCGUCCCUUCCAACAGUCAUAUGCGCGGGAUGCGAUAAGCCACUGAUGCAAGGCCUCGACGGCGAUGAUCGAAUAUGGGGUCUUCGCUGUGGUCAUUUAAUAUGUGGAGGCUGUUUAACGCGUGUUGGAAGGCCACCUCCUCCCGAACAACCCACCGCCGUACAGCUCCUCAUCGGUGGGGCUGACAAGCUGCUGGAGGAAGCUCGCAGCGAAUGCGCGCAAGGGAAAGGCAAGGCCAUUGAGCUUGAUCAACACCCACAUGAACCUGCCAAAUUCCCUUUGCUAGAGGAUGCUGUUGACCAUGAUCACUCUUCUGUCGUACCCGUUUCUACCACUUAUCCACGUCCCAUUGGUAUGCGACUUCGCACUUUUGGCAACAACAGCCUAAGAGAAACCAUUGAUUCCUCCUAUUCUCCCCUCAACCCUAUUGACCUCGCUUCUGGCGACAAUAAUCUGGGAGAAGCCACCGAUUCCUCUUAUUCUCUCUCGACGACACGCGGUCGGGGACGAGGCAGAGGCAGAGGCCGAGGGAGAGCUGUAACGAAAGGCAAAGGGCGCGCGAUUCCAAGAGAAUGGACCUAUCACUGUCCGGUAGAGGAUUGCCGGAAGGCGCAUGUCAGAGUUGUUAAGUUGGGUGACACGAAUGUACUUGGACAAGAGGAAUGGGUUCCACAUGCUGAUAUGGGAGAGAUUGCCGUUUACAUUUAAAUAUUAGCGCUCGUUGAAGUUCUGUUUAAUGCAACUUUUGAUUUGUGAUAUAGUUCGGAUGUGAGAUGAUACUUCUGCAUUAUUCUCCUGCGACCUAAGCCUUGUAUGCACCUAAAUAACCUGUUUGGACUCGUUGAUACAGUAAUGCAUGGGUUAACCCCACCUUGAUGUCA